GUUGCUGCUGUGCACAUGGCUCAGAGGAGGGCUGCCGGUGGCUGCUGCUGUCCUAGGGCCCCCGUGAAUGAAGACAACGCUCGCUUCUGCCUGCUGGCUGGGCUCAUCCUGCUCUACUUGUUCUGUGGGGCGGCCAUCUUCUCAGCCCUGGAACAUCCAUUUGAGCUGCGUGCCCGUCGCCUCUGGAAACAACAGCUGGACAACUUCACCCAGCGAUAUAGGGUUAACCUGGGUGCCUUGCACACCCUGCUGCGGCAGUAUGAGGAAGCAAAUGGAGCUGGCAUCAGAGUGGACACGCUGAGGCCCCGCUGGGACUUUUCAGGAGCGUUCUACUUUGUGGGAACAGUGGUCUCCACUAUAGGCUUUGGUAUGACUACACCAGCGACCAUAGCUGGGAAGAUAUUUUUGAUCUUUUAUGGUCUCAUUGGCUGUGCUGCCACCAUCCUCUUCUUUAACCUCUUCCUGGAAAGGAUCAUCACAAUGCUAGCUUACAUCAUGCGCUGGUGUCACAAGCGUCGGCUGAGGUGCGCUGGGGUUGGAGUGGUGUCGAGCAGGGAAGAGACAUCAGGUGAAGAGGACAGCCUGGAGGGUUGGAAGCCAUCAGUCUAUUAUGUUAUGCUGAUCCUAGGACUGGCAUCGAUUGUGAUUGCAUGCAGUGCCUCUACUCUGUACAGCUCCAUGGAAAACUGGAGCUAUGUGGACUCCCUCUACUUCUGCUUUGUGGCCUUCAGCACCAUUGGCUUUGGCGACCUGGUGAGCAGUCAGAGGCAACAGUAUGAGUCUCAGGAGGCCUACCGGCUUGGGAACUGCCUUUUCAUAUUAAUGGGAGUGUGUUGUAUCUACUCACUUUUCAAUGUUAUUUCUAUUGUCAUCAAGCAAACUCUCAACUGGAUUCUGGGUAAACUGGUCUGCUCAGGGCAGCAUCAGCUCUGCUCGUGUUCUGCACCUGGCUGCUGGGGGCUCUGGUGCCCCUGCCUCCAACACAAAAAUCAGAAACAGAGGCGCCUGCCUGCACACCUGAGGCAGAGACGCUUAAAACGCAACACAGUGCAGCCCAUCUCAACCACAGGAAGACACCUCUACAGGGACGGGUCGGAGGAGACAGUGUGUGACAGUGAGACGGAUGCUGGCGCAGUGGCUGAUGGAGUACAUGUGGGGCGUCGUUUGUCAGGAGAGAUGAUCUCUGUUAAUGAGUUCAUGGUGUCCAAUAAGGUGUCUCUUGCACUCCUGCAGAAGCAACUAAGCGAAACAGCUCAUCAGGGCCCACGACAGAGCUACAGUCAUCAAAAUGGAUUUUCUGGUGGUGUGGGGGCCUUGGCCAUCAUGAAUAAUCGCCUUCAAGAAACCAGUGUGGAUAGGUAGCACCACACUGUAUAACACUUUAAGAUGUUAUUCUUGUGUACAU